AUGACGACGAUAACCCCGCGAACGGCUGAACCGAAUUCUUUGCUGCACCAAUGCCUUCGCCUUGUCCAUUCAUUGCUUUUUGAUCCUAGCUACCUCUACAUACUCGGUGGAUUAGUCGUUGCUGGGGAUGCUCUCUUGACAGCCUUGAUCAUACGCUUCAUCCCGUACACCGAAAUCGACUGGGAGACCUACAUAUAUCAGCUUGAACUCUACCUGGGGGGAGAAAGAGACUAUACGUUCAUUUCUGGACCUACAGGACCCAUCGUAUACCCUGCUGGACAUGUAUACGUCCACCAAGUCCUAUACUGGCUCACGGACUCUGGAAAGGACAUAGUAUCCGCCCAAGCAAUCUAUGCCGUCCUCUACCUAUCGCUCCUCGCUCUCGUGAUCGCGACCUACCGCCAAGCCGGCGGCGUACCCAACUGGGUGUUGCUGCUCCUGCCCCUCAGCAAGAGGCUGCAUUCCAUCUUCGUUCUACGCCUCUUCAAUGACUGCUGGAUGGCUGUUGCUGCGCACGCCGCGAUCCUCUCAUACGGUGCUAGCUGGGACGUGUUGGGCACUCUACUCUUCGGAUGCGCACUCUCUAUCAAGAUGUCCGCGCUUCUCUAUCUUCCCGGCUUGCUUGUCAUCCUCUUCAGGCGGCACGGGCUCCUCAGCACGCUGGGGCAUGUUCUCGGCGUUGUGCUCAUCCAAGGUGGCAUCGGAGCUCCGUUCCUCGUGCACAACUGGCGCGCCUACCUGAGGUACUCAUACGAGUUCUCGCGCGCGUUCUUGUACAAGUGGACGGUCAACUGGCGCUUCGUGAGCGAGGAAGCGUUCCUCAGCGCGUGGUGGGCGCGGGGCCUGCUCUUUGGGCACCUGGCCACGCUUGUUGCGUUCGGCCUAUCCAGAUGGUGCAGACGUGAUGGUGGUGUCUGGACCGUCGUGAGCAGCGGCCUGCGUCGACCUUCAUAUGCUCCUUCAGCAGUACCCAUGACGGCAGACUAUGUUACAACAGUGCUCUUUACAUCCAACUUGAUUGGCAUCUUGUUUGCGCGGUCAUUGCACUAUCAAUUUUAUUCAUGGUACGCUCUCCAGCUGCCAUUCAUUGCCUGGAGGACAAGAUUCCCGGUCUUUGUAAAACUGGCGUUGCUGCUUGCCGUCGAGUAUGCAUGGAAUGUAUUUCCUUCGACUACCGUAUCAUCGGCCACUUUGUCCAUUGCAAACGCAGCCCUUGUGCUUGGCGUGUGGUUCGGCUACUCAGAGGGCAAGGCCAGCCAAACGGGUUCUAAACGAGAGUAA